CGCAAAUGCAUUAAGAUUGCAAGAAGGAAAAAUGAUGAACAAAUGUGCGUCUUACAAUUCUUAAAAAAAAUACACAGAUAUACUAUCUGAAACUGGAGUGGAUUGGAAACGAUACAGGGAGUACUACGGGGUUAAGUUAGUAUCGAGAGGUGGAUGUCGUGAUACCCUUGCUUGUGAUAUGUCGAUAAACAUUUUUUUUUUUUGUUUUUGGUGGACUAACUGUUUAUUGGAGGGCAAAGCUUUUUCAUUCUUCGACUCGUUAAUAUUACCAGCAUCCGGUCGUAUCACUUUUAAUGAAAAAGAGUGUAGGACAAACGCGUUCGACAGAACGUAUCGUAAUCGAGUGUUUUCACGUCAAAUCGCUUCCCUUAUUUUCGUUUACGGUAUAGUCUUCGCGGAUGUGAUGUACCGAUAAAUACUUUGUAACGAUUGCUAAGUUUAUCGGCAACAGCGACCCUCGCGCGUUAUAAUUUCGGUACAAUAAUUCGAGAGAAGGUUGAUUAGAUUGUACUCAUCCGGGUGAUUUGUUUUCAUUAUUUUUUGUGCAAUCUGUUUGUUGAAUGACACGCGGUAUAAGUACCAGUGGAAGCGGGACACUCGUCGUCAGUUUCGAAACGUGUUGCCUGCAAGUUACAAGUCUCCGAUAGAAAAAAAAGAGAUCAGCAAAAUCCAAGAUGGUGUCGAGAUGUUUGGCAUCGAUUGCCCUGCUUUGUCCACUGAUUGUGUUCGCAUCAGCUGAAGGUCUGUUGGAGCCGCCUGUGUGUGGAGUUAGUGUCGCCAGGGGAGUCUAUAGCGACAGAAUAAUCGGUGGUAUUGCCGCGAAGAAGGAUGCCUGGCCCUGGAUGGGAGCAUUAGGUUACAAGAACCCAGACGGUACCGCGACUCCAGUUUUCAAGUGUGGCGCUACCCUGAUCACGAAUAAACACGUUCUGACGUCCGCUUACUGCGCGUCUGGAAUCGACAACUUGAUCUUGGUUCGUUUUAGUAGCUUAACUUUGGACGGUGAAAGACCGGUCGACGUCAACAUCGAAGAGAAACAGGUCCACAGUGAAUACAACGAAAAGACGAAGGCCAAUGACAUCGCGGUCCUCACACUGAAGAAGGAAGUUAUCUUCAGCGACUCCCUCCGUCCCAUCUGUCUCCCACACAAAGAAUCUUUGGUAAACGAUGACUUCGGCGGAAAAUUCGCGUACAUUGCUGGAUGGGGUUCAACUUCGUACCAAGGACCACCGAGCAACUUCCUCAAGCAAAGCAUGGUCCCCGUCAUCGUCAACGAAAAGUGCAGAGAGAGCUACUCUGGAUUCCCUUCGCUGGCCAUCACUAACCGCACGAUUUGCGCUGGAAAGGUAGCUGGUGGAACCAACGCUUGCAUUGGUGACAACGGAGGACCUCUGAUGAUGCUCUUCGACGGUAACGUUUACGAGAUCGGUCUUUACAUCCACAGCUACAAGUGCGCCGAACGCGGAUAUCCUGGCAUCUUCACCAGAAUCACCGAGUAUCUGGAUUUCAUCAAACAAGCAAUCGAGAUGUAAAGAGUAUCGCUGGAGUAAUGCUCCAGAAGGCAGGCGUUCACAUCCAUCGUUUGGAGUUUCUUUAACGAAACGAGUUUAAUA